CCGAGCAUGCCAAUGGCCAUCGCGAUACUGCUGCUCUCUGUCCACUUGUGUGGAGCAGCAUGGUGCCGGCCGAAAGGUACCGGCAGUUGCGAGGGCAACCUACAAGAAAGACACGAAAAAGAAUUGCUGUCCUUAGGUUACCUAGAGCCUGCUUGGCCACAGCUUGUCGAUGUGGAUGGAGAUGGCAAGAUGGAACUGCUGCUGAUGGUGACAGAUGGGGAUGGCUCAUGGAAUGUUCAGAAAAAAUCUUGGAUUAGAUAUUUUCGCCAAGUAGAUGGACAGCUUGUCGAACAGUUCGGGGCAAAUAAUGUUUUCAGACACGUUAAUUUUUCAGUGAGAAAUGAUUACGGGGCACCAUGCUUCGCAGUUGUUGAUUGGGAUUCCGAUGGUGACCUCGAUUUGAUAUUGCAAGACAAUGCCGGUCUAUGGCUGAUGGAUUUUGACAUGGACGGUAAUCUCCACAACAGAUCUGCUAUCUCGCUGGUCAACGAACUUGGCGAAGACUUGCGGCUUGCAAAUAUGGGCGGUUUGCGGUUUGCAGCCGUUGAUUUUGAUGCAGAUGGUGAUGUAGACAUUUUGACCACUGGUGCGGAAGGCUGGCUCGUUCUUUUCAAGCGCAAAAAUCCAUCCACAGUGAUGAGGCUCCGUGACCUAUUGGCUCCUUGGACACAUUUUUCCAUUGUUGGCAUCGCCGUGGCUGACUUCGAUGGUGAUGGGGCCUUGGAUGUGAUGUUGACGAAAUCAUGUUCCUAUCUUUGUAGACCUCCAAGAUUUGCUUAUUUGCACAGGACUGCCGAUGGGCAUUUUGAGGAUUGGAGUUUUGCUGCCAACCCGUUGAAUGGAGUUGAUGCAGACAGUGAAAGCUGGGAUUUCUCUCGCGCCGGUAUAGCAGCGGGUGACUGGGAUGGAGAUGGAAGGAUGGAGAUUCUGCUUGCUCUGAAAACAGGAAAGAUCCAGUUGCUUUCUUGGAAGUCUACAAAUCGAUACAUCGAGCGAAGCAAGGAUUUCUCCAUGUUUCAAAUCACCAGACGAAUGGCACACCCGCAAGUUGCUGAUUGGGAUGGGGAUGGCGAUCUAGACUUUCUCCUCGGCUCCAAAUAUGGUAAGGUCGAGGUUUUUCUUCGCGGUGCAGAUGGCAGUCUCCUUCAGGCUGAAGAGGUCUUACAGGUGGAGUCUCAUUCCACAGUGCGGCCAGCUGCAAUUGAUUGGAAUUAUGAUGGCCGACAGGAUUUGUUGGUUCCGGCGAGCAGCGAAGUAUGGUACUUUGAACGCCAAGCCAACGGGAGCUUGGCGGAGAAGUUGGUAUUGGAAGGAUUGAAGGUCAAGCGGGGAGUCUGUUACGCUGCUGCCGUUGCUGACUGGGAUGGGGACGGCAGAUGGGACAUACUUCUGGCAUGCAGCGAGGCAAUUUUCGAACCCAGGUUGCACUGGGAGUUUUUUCAACAACUACCGGAUGGCCGCUUGGCAAAGCGUCCAGCACCACUACCUGACCUGGGUGAUCUUGGCUAUGGCCUUGGCAGCGUUUUGUUGCAAGCCAUCGAUUUUGAUGCAGAUGGAAGGACCGAUUUGCUCAUGAGAGACCUCGACAAAUGGCGGUAUUUCCAUGCUCAAGAGGAUUUGCGAUUGGUGGAGACUGAACUGAUUCUUCCCAACGUGUUGGGUCCCGACACAGGGUUAAGUUCCUUUGUGUUUGUUGAUUGGGACUCGGACGGCGACUUAGACUUGCUCACUGCAGAGAGCAGCAGGGAUCCCGGCCCUGUUCGCCAUUUUGAAUAUGACUAUUGUCGAUUGGCAGAAAGCUGCAGCAGCCAAGGAUUCUGUAGCCACUCUGUUGGGACCUGCUUGUACUUUCCUGGUCAUACUUUGGCAGACUGUUCCGCCUGCAGCCCAGGGUACUUUGAUCUGGAGCGCGUGAAUGUGUCGAUCCCAUCAGAAUUGCGGAUUCGAAAGUGUUCUGCAUGCCCGGGGCUGGGUGAAGCUUCAGUGCCCUGCUCUGGCAGGGGCAUAUGCAACGACGACCUCCAUGUCAGGGCACAGAGAUGGCAGAGCAAGUCUCAACCAAUUGACCCGUCAAUGCCAGUCCCUACAAACAUUUCCCACUUUCAUGGUGAUGGUACUUGUGUGUGUGAGCCUCCCUUUUCAGGAGAGAACUGCGAAAUGGGCCUUUGUUUGCCAGGUCACAAGUAUGUGCAAAGUUCCCUUUGGCGUUGUGAGCCUUGUAUGCCAGGGUCCUUUCUGUCAAGUUAUGGGCUGCAAACCUACUGCAACCUUUGCACCGGGAACGCGUAUGCACCUUCUUCAGGGAGCAAACAAUGUGUGCCUUGUGAAAGCAAGUGGUGGCGUACAGAGGUCAAUGGUGAGAGAACGAGUUGCGAGGCAUCUUUCCUGAAUUUGCCAGCAUGUGCUGCCUUACUGUUGCUGUCCUUCCUGCUAUUUGCUGUUGUACCAUUCUUAGCAAAUCGUCCCAUGCGUGUAGCGGAUGUGCAGUUGAAGGAAGGUGCACUGACCUUGACCACUUCUGGACGUCAUUGGCUAUUGAAACCGGUGAAAGUCACGUUCCUUGACACAUCACAUCCACUGCUUGACUCCAAGACAUACAUAGUGAAGGCUCAAAACGACCGCCAACUACGUGUUUGUGACACGAGUGGUUCAGCCUUGACGGAGCAAGCCGAUGCUUCCCGAGGUACCUGUCAUGUCCAGCAACUCCAUCAUAUCUUGAGAAGGGGAAUUCUAGGGAUGCCCUUUGUGGUGUGCUUUGCAUUGCUCAUCCUGGCUACAGCAGCUUACUUUCUUUUGCUUGGUGCCCUACUUUCCUUUCAAAUCUCUUUGUUGGAAGUUUUGAUGCUUCUGAUUGGUGCUCUGUUAGCUGUUGCAGUUCAUUGGUGGUUUCGUCCCGGAAAACGUCCACUUGAACGAGACCUCUGCCGUUUUGCAGCACAAUCAAAAUUUGAAACCAGACAGUGUCCAAAGGGCCCGGGGCGUGCCAUUUGUCUGCAGCAGCUAGAGGACUUGUACAGCUUCUUCAGCCACCACAUUGGCUUCAGGAACAUGUACUACCUUUGCAGCAACCUGGUCAAGCCUUUAACCAUGCAGGUGGCGCUUUCGUAUGCCGAGCUUGUUGGCCCCUCUUCGGUGCAAUGGUUUGUUUCUCACUUUUGGGGCAUGCCAUUUGAACAUUUCAUCCGUUGUUUGAAAGGGCAUGUGCCCGUCCAGAUGACUUCCUACUGGAUUUGUACGUUUUCGAACAACCAGUGGAAAGUGAGUGAAGAGCUUGGACAUGGCAACGUGGAAGAUUCGUCUUUCUACUUGGCUUUGCGGGGCGGAUGCCAAGGUACUCUCUUUGUGUUGGAUGAGGAAGUUUUACCUUUGACCAGGUCCUGGUGCCUCUUUGAACUUUUUCAAACUGAGCUCCUCAGCCGAGAAGUUGAGCAGAAUUGUGAGACUCGUCAGACUCGUGAGACUCAUCAGUCAGCUUUUCAGCUUUUGCUUGGAACUUCAUCUGGUGUCAUGAACUACGGCGAGAGCAGCAUGGAUCUGGCACUGAAGAUCAGCAAAAAGCUCGCCACGCUUCGGCUGCAAGAUGCGCAGGCGAGUUGCCCCGAGGACAAAGUGAUGAUCAACGAAGCAGUUUCCAAACAUCCUGGAGGCUUCCAAGCUGUGAAUGCCUUUCUCUUUGAAGCGGUGAAGUUGGCCUUGCAGCAAACAGAACUUCGUUUCCGGACAGAUGUGGCACAGCUCCAGGAAGAUCUCGCAAGCGCGUGCCCUCCUGCCACAGAACCAGUCUUAUUGGGUAGAUUGAACUCUGGACAUCAAACAGAUCAAACUGAAGGUAAGGACUAGUAGCAGGUGGAAAUGGAUUGCUUAGAGGAAACCAUGUUGGAGAGUAGAAUCUGAGUAGAAUGUACAUGAAUGCACAGUGCUUAAUUAGUCCGAAUUGAUUUGUUCUGCGUAGCUUAUGAAGAUGAGCCACAAGAGCAUUGUCUGAAACCAGGCUUAGACCGCCUGAAACUUCAAACGGUGGCGUACCGAAAAAA